UUCUCGAGUCGUGAAUAAUUAUUUUAGUCAACAUGAUCCCGUCGUUGGGAUCAGCCUCCUCACUUUGGAUGCUCAUCCUGCUGCUUCUGGUGGCACUUUCUGCUGUGUCCUCGAAUUGCUGCACUUGUCCAUCCACCCGCUGCAGCAUUCCCCAGUGGCCUUGUUGCAACAAGAAGUCCAAGUGGUGGAACUCGGUUUUCGGCUAGGAAUAAAAAUCAAUAAUCAGCAAAAUAACUAGUGGUUAGUACUUAAUUACUUAGUGCUAAGAAAUGUGCCAAAAUACCAAAGGGCAGAAUAUUUCUUGUUAAAAAAACAAGUUCAAAAUGGGCAAGAAUGAAUUAUAACUUAUAAAUUAAAUUAUUUGCUUAAAAUAAAUCUAUACUAAUAUUAUAAAGAGGUAA